AUGGUUGAGGGCAUAAGCACUAUGGCAGUAUGGGCAAGUGAGUUGGGGAGGUUUGAUUUGGCAAAAGUUGGUCAAGGGGUUACAACGUUUUGGUCAGCAAAGCUUGGAGAAACGAACCUCCGCGGGUGGGUAGACUAUGAGCUAAUUCGGGAAGGGUUGGGUGGUGAGUUGAUAGGGCUUCCGAACUCCACGAAUCGUGCAAGAUAUAAAUUCAUGUGGCGGAUCUGUCUAAUGGGGCAAACGGUGGAUGGCAGUUUCCGUAAAAACUGCAGUUUGUAA